CAAACAUUAAGGAGUUAGACCAAGGUCUUCAAAAGAGAUUAUAAAGUAGAGUCCAACUCCCCGUCUGAUGUUUACUGGUAACUUUGUUCAGACGGGUGAAAUGUUCUUCAAGUGUGUGUUACUUAUAAGUUCUGUGGUUUUGGUUGCAGCCAAAAUCCCUGAUUAUAUAAAGGUCUGCAAGUCAACGGAUCCAAAUUUGCCACAAUGUAUUAUGGAUUCAGUGGAUGCCUUGAGGCCUUACCUGAAGACAGGAAUCCCAGAACUGGAAGUUCCACCAAUUGAACCACUCUUCCUAGAUGAGAUUAAGUUGAGAAGCGGACCUAGUGGUGCCAAGCUUGAUGCCAAUAUAACCAACGUUAAAGUUUGGGGUCCAUCCGAUUUCAAGGUCCUUGAAGUCAGACCAAAUGUGGCAAAGAAGAGGUUUGCAUUCAAGGUAACCAUACCCUUCCUUCAUUUUGAAGGAGACUACGACAUCGAUAUGAAUAUUUUACUUCUCAAAUAUAAGGGAGUUGGACCAAUCAAUGGAAACUUCACGGAUUACUCCUUCGAUUGUAUUAUGAAAGGUCACACUACUAAAGUUGAUGGAAAAGAAUAUUUGAAAUUCGAUAAGAUGCAUUUGAAGUUGUACUUUGGAAAGUCCACCAUUCGACUGGAGAAUCUGUUCAGAGAUGAUCCAGUGAUUGCAAAAGCAACUGACGAAGUUAUUGGAGAAAACACCGAACUCUUCCUGAAUGAAAUCAAACCUAUAUUGGAAAAAUCUUUGGCUGAAAAGUUCACGGACAUUGCGAAUAAAUUGACUCUGAAAUUCACAUACCAAGAAUUGUUCCCUUUUUUUAUGGAAACACAUCCUUCCUUCUUACCUUGUACUAUGGCUCCAAAAUAUGGUGGUGGCAGUCUUUCAUAUAGCAGCCUGAAGUGUUGUGAGAGUGUGAAAAUGAAGAUCAUAGUGGUUGUAGCUCUUUUGGCACAUGUGGCCCUAUCAGCCAAAUUGCCAUUCAGACUUGAAGCCUUCAGUUGCAGUCGAGAGGAUCCAAACAUAAACAGUUGCUUGCAGAAUGCACUCGAGAAAGCUCGACCUUACGUCAUCGAAGGAAUCAAGGAGCUCAACAUUCCACCAAUCGAUCCAUUCGUCCUUCCUUAUGCAUCAGUAAACAGGACAAUCAACGAACUAGUCAGUAUCAACUCUGUUCUGAAAAACGUGAGGACUCUUGGAUUGGGAAAUUAUGUUGUCGAUAACAUCAAUAUUGACCUCCCAAAUCACAGUUUGGAACUCAGGUAUACUCUUCCAUGGGCAUAUCUUGAGAUGGAAUAUGAUGUCAGUGGACAAUUGCUUCAAAUACCAUUACAGAGUAAAGGACUCUUCAAAGGAAACUUCACUGAUACCCAAAUGGUGGUCAAGUCCAACAUUGAAAGUUACGAACGUGAUGGUGAAACCUUCUACAGAAUUCACAAAAUGACAGUAAAGGGACAAGUUGGUGAUGGUUGGGUCAAAAUGACUGCCAAGAAUCCUGAAUUACAAUUUGGAGCUGAUCUUAUUGCCAAUGCCUUCAAUGCCAAUCCAAGAGCAAUUCUGGAUGCAGUGAACCCAAUCUUCGUUGAGUUCUCCGCAGACCUUUUCAAAGCAGUGGGAAACCAAGUGUUAGCAAGAGUACCUGCCAGUAAAAUCUUAAACUGAGGAUUUGUAGCGAAUACCUUAACUUUGUUACAUAGCACGGCCACAUUGUGUUGAUUACUUGUAGAGUCACAAUUAUUUUAUCGAAUUGUAUUCAGAUUGUUAGUUUAUAUACUAUAGUCUGAGUAUUAUAUAAUUUUCACUUGUGGAAAUUGUAGAAUUGUAAGAAUAAAUUUUUAUUCGAUUUUUAGUACA